GUGUACAUGGGAUCACUUCCUAAGGGCCAGUACUUUCCAGCAGCUCACCAUGUUACCAUGCUCCAAGAUGUUGUUGGGGCCAGCUUCGAAGAAAAUCUAUUGAUUCGAAGUUACAGAAGGAGUUUCAAUGGAUUUUCAGCCAUGAUCACUGAUUCUGAGAGAAAGAAGCUGGCCGCAAUGAAAGGAGUAGUUUCAGUUUUUCCAAGUAGAAUUUAUCAGCUCCACACAACAAGAUCUUGGGGUUUCAUGGGGUUCAAUGAAACUACUGAUCAGAAGCUGCACGAUCCAAAAAAAGAGAGUGAGGUUAUCAUCGGUGUUAUUGACACUGGAAUCUGGCCUGAAUCAGAAAGCUUCAGUAAUGGAGAUCUUGGUCCAGCUCCAAAGAAGUGGAAGGGUGCAUGUAAUGGUGGAAGCAACUUCACUUGCAACCACAAGCUUAUUGGAGCACGGUAUUAUACCACAGAUUCUGCAAGGGAUAGUAAUGGCCAUGGAUCUCAUACUGCAUCUACAGCAGCAGGGAAUGCAGUAAAGAAUGUAAGUUUUUACGGACUGGCUCAAGGUACUGCAACAGGAGGGGUUCCAUUUUCGAGGAUUGCUGCCUAUAAAGUUUGCGAUGAAAGUGGGUGUAGCUCACAGGCCAUCUUGGCUGCUUUCGACGAUGCUAUUGCUGAUGGAGUUGAUGUCAUAUCAAUUUCAAUAGGACCAGCAAAUCCGGAUGACCUGAUCGAAGAUGCUAUUUCCAUUGGUGCUUUUCAUGCAAUGACAAAUGGAAUUUUGACAGUACAGUCAGCAGGAAAUUCUGGUCCAGCCAGUUUUUCAGUGGUUAGCACAGCGCCAUGGAUUCUUACUGUUGCAGCAAGCACCAUUGAUCGUGCAUUCUUCGACAAAGUUAUUCUUGGAAAUGGAGAGAUUUUAGUUGGAAAAUCAAUUAAUUCUUUUAGUAUAAAAGGAGAAAAAAAUCAUUUGAUCUAUGGAAAAGAUGUCAGUUCGAACUGCCCUCCUGAGUCUGCAGGGAUGUGCGAGGAAGGAUGUUUGGAUAGUGAUUUAGUUAAGCGAAAAAUUGUUGUCUGUGAUCAGAAGAAGGGAUUUGCUGUUGUUCAGAAAGCUGGAGGUGUGGGAGCAGUUCUUAAAGAUAUGAUAGUAUCUGAGAACAUUACUUCGGUUUUUUCAUUACCAGCAUCAGCUUUAGUACCUGAUAACUACGAAAAAGUCAAGUCGUAUCUUCAAACAAAUGGCUCUGUAGCAGAAAUACUGAAAAGUGAGACUAGAGAAGAUACAAAUGCUCCUGUUGUGGCUUCCUUUUCUUCGCGUGGGCCAAAUCUUAUUGCUGAAGACAUUUUAAAGCCAGAUUUAACCGCUCCAGGGGUAACUAUCUUAGCUGCUUUUUCACCUCUUGCUUCACCCUCAGGUGAUCCUUCGGAUAAUCGUCGUGUAAAUUACAAUAUAUUAUCCGGCACCUCCAUGUCUUGCCCCCAUACUUCUGGAGUAGCUGCUUAUGUGAAAGCCUUUCACCCUGAUUGGUCUCCUUCAGCUGUCAAAUCUGCUAUAAUGACAACUGCCUGGCAAAUGACACCUCCUAACAAUGCAGAUGCUGAGCUCGCCUAUGGAUCUGGUCAUAUCAAUCCAUUACAAUCUGCUGAUCCUGGGCUUGUAUAUGAAACUCGUGAACAGGAUUACAUACAAAUGCUUUGUGACUUGGGCUAUGGUUCGAGGCUCGGACAAAUAGCAGGGGGAAAUAGCACUUGUCCUGAGAAUAAAUCAUUUGUUAGGGAUCUUAACUAUCCUUCAAUGGCUUCCAGGAUUAUCAAACCAGAAGAGCCAUUUACCAUUACUUUUCAUCGAACUGUUACAAAUGUUGGCCAUGGAAGCUCCGUUUACAAAAGUAAACCAAUUAACUCUCUUAGUCUACAAGGAGUAAAAUAUCCCUUGAUACAUGGGAAAAAUGUAACCAAGAACUGCUCUGCUGAAAGUGGAAAGAUGUGCAGUGAAGGAUGUGUGAACAGUGCUUUAGUGAAGGGAAAAAUUGUGCUGUGUGAUACAGAGGAGGGAUCCUUCGUUGCUCGUAGAGCUGGAGGUGUGGGAUCAAUACUUGUUGACCUGAAUUCUGAGAAGGUUUCCGACAUAUACUCUUUACCGGUAUCAGUUUUACUACCUGAUGACUAUGAAAGAGUCAAGACAUACCUAAAAGCAGCAAAGUAG